AUGUCUACUCCAAAUAGUAGCAAAGUGGUGCCUGUGGUGCCUGUGUCCACCACCCCUGAGGCGCAGCCUGCUGGCGACCAGCACGCACAUAGCCACCUGCUGCAGCUGAACGACCGCACCAGCCUGCGCAACGCCUACCAAUCGCCGUCCGACCACCUCAACGUGUCGCCCAUCAGCGAACAGCUGAACCAGUCCGGGAAACAACGGUUUCCUCUGGGUAAGACCAACCCUGUGCACUCGAUCCAGUCCCGGCUCAAGGAGCUGUCUGUGGAGAAGUGA